UUUGCGUCUGAAAGUUAAAGUUUAGGAACCUAUAUAUUUUUGGGGAAAGUUGAAUUUUUGUUUUAUUCAAUCGAAAAGUGUGAUUGUUGUUGUUCCUGUAGAGCAAGUAAUAUGGUGCUUUAUUUCAAACUCUUUGUAUAUAUUUGCUAUUUUGUUUUAUGGGACGCAACGUUGGAGGCACGUGUACAGGGUUUUCGCGAAGCUUCUUACACCACAUCGAGACCAUCAAACAAAUCAGAGUGCGGAAUUUUUCCAACCAGUUGUCCAGCAACCAAGUAUCGAUCAUACGAUGGGUCGUGUAACAAUUUGAAGAAUCCACAUUGGGGUACACCGUAUGGCAGAUACGAAAGGUUACUUCCCUCUAAUUAUGCUGAUGAUUAUAGUGAACCCACAGAGUCCGUCUCCGGCAAACCUCUGCCCAACGCCCGAAUAGUAUCAUCGAAAAUUUACCCAGAAGAACCGCGAGAAGAUAAAGUUUGGACUUUAAACACCAUGCAAUUCGGACAAAGCGUAGCUCACGAUAUGAGCCAUAUUUACCUACCAAAUAUCUCGUGUUGUGCCCCAAAUAACCAAAUGUUGAGCGAAGCACCAGAAAACUGCAUCUCAAUUGAAAUCUUAAAACAAGAUACUGUGUAUUAUUCACAUAAUUGGACUUGUAUAUCAAUCACAAGAACUAUUACUGAUAAGGAUAUUGGCUGUAUGGGUGAACGGACUAGCGUUGAUCAGAUUUCAGAUGUUAACAGUUACCUAGACCUGUCAACAGUUUAUGGUCAAGAUGAAAAGACUGUUAAAAAAAUUAGGUCCCACAAAGGAGGCAGACUUGAAUCUGUUAUGAAAAACGGUGAAGAAAUGUUGCCAGCCGAAUCGAAUUCGUCAUGCACAACAGCAUGUCCAAACGAACCCUGUUACUCUUCAGCGAGUGACCAAAGGAUUAACCAAAAUCCUCAGCUAACCCUUAUUCACACUAUUUAUGUUAGAGAACACAAUAGAUUAGCUGACAGGCUGAAAGAAAUCAACCCUGGUUGGAGUGAUGAAUGCAUUUACCAAGAAGCCAGAAAAAUUAAUAUCGCUCAGCAUCAACAUAUAUCUUACUAUGAAUGGCUGCCAACUAUUAUUGGUAGACAAAGAGCUUUUGACAAAAAGUUAAUCUAUGAUACUUGUGGGUAUGUUGACGACUAUAACCCAAAAAUAACCCCGAUGGUUUUUAAUGAACAUGCUCAUGCAGCUUUCAGGUACUUCCAUACUCAAAUUGCUGGAUACCUAAAUUUGGUAGAUGAAGCAAGAAACACCAUUAAAACUGCCAGGCUAAGCGACUGGUUCAAUCGUCCUGGUAUUUUAGAGCAAAAAGGAGCGUUUGAUGCUCUUGCUAGGGGGCUGAACACUCAAGCUGAAAUGCAUUCUGAUGCUUUUCACGAUGAAGAGAUCACGAAAAAUUUGUUCAGAAUACCUGGUCAAAAUAUAGGUGCAGAUCUAAAAGCUAUUUGCAUACAAAGAACUAGAGAUCACGGAUUAGCAUGCUACAAUGAUGUUAGAGAGUUUUGUGGCUUGCCAAGAGCAAGAAAGUUUAAAGAUUUUUUGGAUGUGAUAUCUGAAGAGAAUGUCAAAAAAUUGAAAUCCCUCUACUUGCACCCUGAUGAUGUUGAACUAACAGUUGGUGGUUCAUUAGAAGAUGUUACUCCUGGAAAGGGUCAAGCUGGUCCAACAUUUUUAUGUAUUUUGGAAAGACAGUUCUAUAAGACAAGAGUGGCCGAUAGGUUUUGGUUUGAAAACUCCGGCGAACAAGGAUUCACUUUAGCUCAACUUCAAGAAAUUAAAAAGUCAUCAAUAUCCAGACUGUUUUGUGAUAAUACCAACAUCAAAUCAAUGCAACCGCAAGGUUUCAGGAGAAUAAAUCCAACUAACAAAGUGGUUUCGUGUAAUAACCUUCCAAGUGUAGACCUUACUUUAUGGAGAGAUGACAAUAAUACGUGGUGCCCUUCUACUAAUAACAAUGUUACCACUACUGCACCAUCAACAACUACCACCAGUAAAGACAACGUUCAAAAAGUUCCAGUUGUUGAAGCUCCUACAAAAGAUACGUGUUCUCAGAUAGACACUAAGUCGGCUUGUGCAACUGAAACGACUAGACCGAGGACUACACCCACUCCAGUGACUUGUCCUUAUCAUCAAACUACUGAUGAAACUGAAGCUACGUCAACUGAAGAACCGACUUCUACUACUGAGUAACUCUGUCACAAAGUGUCCAACGACGAGAAACGUACAAUAACUCUUGAAUA